GUGGGAAACCAAAAAAAAAAAAGCAAACAACUAGGCCAAGGCAAGUAAGUCAGCAAAAGUAUAGGAAGACUUAGACAAAAAAAAAAAAGUUUGUUAAGGUAGUUGAACUUCAUUCACCUACAUUUCCCUUUAUAUAUUCCCUCUUUACUUCUCCACACCAAUUAACAAGCAUAUCUCAAAAAUAACUCGACCUAGCGCUUCGCUUUCUUUCUAUUGCAUCUUAUUCCAUUCCGAGAUAGGCGGCUAUUACUAAAAUUACUAAAAAGAUACUACCUAUUAGUCACCAUGGCUAGGAAUUACUCUAUUUUUUUCCUUCUUUCUUGCAUUGUUUUCUUGGCAAUUAUGCCUAUUAAUGCCCAGAUUGUAACAUCACCAUGUACAGCAACAAUGCUGACAAGUUUCACUCCUUGUAUGAAUUUCUUGACCAACAAUGGAACUGCUGCACCAUCUGCAGGCUGCUGCAAUGCACUGAAAACUAUGAUGGGCAAUGGUUCUGCUUGUCUCUGUGUUAUUGCAACUGGUGGUAUUCCCUUUCAAAUUCCUAUUAAUCCUAAUACAACUAUGUCGCUUCCGCGUGCUUGUAACAUGGGUCGCGUUCCCCUCCAAUGCAAAGCCUCCAGUCCACCUGCAGCAGCUCCAGGUCCUGUUGGAACAGAGGCUCCAAGUGCUUCACCAACAUCAGCUCCUAGUCCUUCUCCUAGUCCUAAAGGUUCAACAGAUUUCAAGCCAAUGUCACCAGCUUUGGCACCACAAGCUGAUGUAGUUCCUACUGUAACUCCACCAUCUCCAUCGGCAGCAAAUUCUGGCCGCCGUCAGAACCCAGCUACGCCAUCAGCCGCCCCUUCUGUUACCUAUGGUUUUUCACCAUUGGCCCUCAUUGCUGCAUUUGGUGCAAUUGCUUUUGUGUUGUAUUAGUUUGAGAGUAGACAGUACUAAAAAUAGUGAAUGUGUGAGGAUGUUUGUUGCGUUUAUUUUGAGAUUUGUACUAUUUUGUUAUACAACUAUUCUUUGAUGUAACAUAGAAUCUUGAAAUUUUUUAUGCA